AUGUCAUACGCAGAGACCAUUGACGAGGCAAUUGUCAACUGUAAGCAUCAGACUGUGUUCAUGCAAAGGUGUCUGUCGCAAAACGCGCUGAUGGACGCCUUGAAGCAUACGUCGAUUAUGCUCACCGAGUUACGAAAUCCUGCUUUAUCACCUAAACAAUACUACGAGCUCUAUAUCCUUUGUUUCGACUCCUUGAGUCUUUUAUCGAACUAUCUCGUUGAAAGCCACCCCAAGAAGCACCAUCUCGCGGAUCUGUACGAGCUUGUGCAGUACGCGGGCAACAUCCUCCCCCGUCUGUACCUGAUGAUAACCGUUGGCAGCAGCUAUCUGCAAUCGCCCGACGCGCCGCGAGAGGAGAUACUGAAAGACAUGAUUGAGAUGUGCAGAGGCGUUCAGAAUCCCAUCAGAGGGCUUUUUCUUCGAUACUACCUCUCGCAGCGCACCAAGCCGUUCCUCGACAAUGGACUGGUUGACAAAAAGUUUUCGAUCAGCUUCAUCAUUAGCAAUUUUGUCGAGAUGAACAAACUCUGGGUGCGAUUGCAGCACCAGGGGCCCUUGAAAGAACGAGAACAGCGGACACGCGAGCGCAAGGAAUUGCAAAUUCUUAUUGGCGCAAAUCUCGUGAGAUUGUCCCAGAUUGUUGAAAACGAUGUACAGCUGUACCAAGCGGAGGUUCUUCCCUCAGUCCUGGAGCAGGUGGUCCAAUGCAGGGACGUGGUGUCGCAGGAGUACUUGCUUGACGUGAUUUGUCAGGUUUUCCCCGAUGAGUUCCAUCUAGUCACGCUUUCCAGCCUCUUGGACACGACGCUGAAGCUAAACCCAGAGGUCGCCAUAAAUAAGGUAGUCUUGAAUCUCGUUGAAAGAUUGAAUGGCUACCUGGAGCGGAAAGAUGGCUCCCUUGAUGCAGAUAUAACAUCGAAACUAAGCUCGUUAGACAUCACUGACAAUGACAAAAAUUUAUUUUUCGUCUUUUGGAGCUAUCUCAAUCAGAUAUCUGAGGAGAGACCUGAUGUAUCCGUAUUAGAAUUCUCUCCCUUGAUUCAAAGCAUAAUGAGACUUACUUUACAAUGGUAUCCAGGAAAAAUCGCCAACAUAGAAACGCUGUUCAAGUUUUUGUACGAUAAAUGCAAGGACUACGGAAAAGCGUUACCUCAGGAAUGGGAUAAUCGUUUCGAGGAUGUUUUCUUCUCUGAAGCUAUAACAUCAGAUCCUGAGUUCUUUUAUGAGGUUUUGACGAAAUGUGAAUUCUAUCAGAAACUUUUGGCGCUUCAAAGUAAGACGCUUCAGAAAGUUAUGAUCAACAAGAUUCUCGACUAUCUUUUAAGUCAUGAUGUGCGAAUUUCGGUUAAAGCAGAACUGGAAAAAGUCUUGCUAAUCUGUGAGCCUCUUACUACGCAUCAGCCCCAGACGCCCGCCGAAACACAAUCCGAUGCUUUGCAACUCACUGCGAACACUGAACCGGGGUUGGACGACUGGCUUUCGCACCCGGAUCAGGAAAAGCUCGUAAAGCUUGUGCAUUUAUGUUACUCGAAGUCGAUUAAGCGACACGCCGACCUCUUGCUCUGUUGCAAAGCAUCGUUUCACAAAGGUGGGAAAAACAUGAGAUUUACUUAUUCUGCCAUCAUCUGCACUUUCUGGAAGCUUAUAAGAAGAGCGCACCUGAAAAGUAUCAAGAAGCCUGCUCGUGCUGAGAAGUUGCGAGCGUUUUUGAAACAGAUGUUCAAGUUCAUUUCUAGAUGUGCUAAUGAGCUUUUCAAUGUUUGUGGCGCAAGCUGUGUGGAUAUGAUCUAUAAACUGCAUCUCGAAACGGCAUCCUUAGCCGAUCAGUUGUCUUUAAGCGAAAUUGCGUAUGACUUCUUUACACAAGCAUUUACGAUCUUCGAAGACUCCUUAAGCGAUUCUCGUACGCAAUUCCAAGGUAUUGUCAACAUGGCCCAGGCGUUGCAAAAGACGAGAUCCUUGUACGAUGAUUCCUACUACGACACCCUCAUAACACGCUGUACACUCCACGGCUCCAAGCUUCUCAGAAAGCAAGAUCAAUGCCGUGCAGUGUAUUUAUGUUCUCAUUUGUGGUGGGCUACCGAAAUAUCGCUUUUGGGCGAAGAGGAAGGGGUCACUGAGAGUUUCUUCAGAGAGGGCAAGCGGGUUCUGGAGUGUCUUCAAAGAUCUCUUAGGGUGGCUGACUCUAUCAUGGAUAGUGUCCAAAGCUGUCAUCUUAUGAUUGAAAUCCUGAACAGAUGCUGCUAUUAUUUCAUUCACGGCGAGGAGCAAUCUACACAUGUCGGGACCAAAUAUAUCAAUGGGCUAAUUGAGCUUAUAACUACCAAUAUCGAUGCGCUUAAGCUGGAAGAGCCUUCGUCCGAAAAUGACCUAGAGCCUAGCCAAGCAUUGUAUUUUAUCGGACCAGAUGGAACAUAUCUACACUUACCAUCGAACAAUAGCGUGAGCAUCGUGACAACAAAACCACCUGCCAUUACCAUUGCUGAGCUGAUAUCGAUACCGACCCAAUACUUUCAACGAACUCUGGAUUACAUCCAUGACCAGAAGGAUGUGGACGUCAGAUUCAAGGCCAUCAAUGCCUAA